AUGGAUACACAAAGUCGUAAAGCAGUUUUUUUAGAUUGUGACCCAGGUCAUGAUGAUGCUUUUGCAAUCCUUUUAGCAUGUUACACAGAAAUGUUUACAGUUUUGGGUAUUUCUACCAUUGGUGGUAAUCAAACUGUUGAAAAAACAACAAACAAUGCAUUAAGAAUUUUAGAAUUAAUUGGUAAAUCAAAUAGUACAAUUAGUGUAGUUAAAGGUGUUUUACAACCAUUAGCUCGUCCACCAAUGGUAUGUCCUGAAAUUCAUGGUGAUACAGGUCUUGAUUUAAGACCAGGUUGCACUCUUAAAGUACCAGAUGCUACCCAACAACCAAUUACAGACAAACCAGCAAUUCAAUUCAUGUGGGAAUCGAUCAGCAAAUACUAUAAUGAAAAUAAUGGUGAAAAAGUUACAAUUGUAGCUACAGGUCCAUUAACAAAUGUUGCUUUAUUAUUCCUUGUUUAUCCCCAAGUUAAACCUAUGGUCGACGUUUCUAUUUUGGGCGGUUCGAUAAACUUUGGUAAUAUUUCACCAGCUAGCGAAUAUAAUAUUUUAGUUGAUCCAGAGGGAGCCAAAGUUGUAUUUGAAAGCGGUGUACCAAUUACUAUGGUACCUUUAGAUGUUUCUCAUAUGGCAUUAGUAAAUAAGGAAGUUAUUGAUCGUAUUGCUGCACUCAAAAAAGAAGGCGACACAAAUCAAUUUAUUGACAUCAUCAUAGAAUUAUUAUUGUAUUUCUCGGAUAAUUAUAAAUUAAUUUUUGAUUUCGAACAUCCACCAUUACACGAUCCAUUGGCUGUUGCCUAUUUAAUCGAUCCAAGUAUUUUCACAUCUAGAUUAUUAAGAGUAGAUGUAGAAACUUCAAGUAAUCUUUGUUUAGGCAGAACCGUUGUCGAUUUAUUCAAUUUCUCAAAAUUAGAAAAAAACGUAAAUGUAUGCACCAAUAUUAAAAUAGAAAAAUUCUGGGACAUGCUCAUUCAUGCAAUCGAUAACUGUUACAAUAAUUUAAGAAAUAAAAAAUAAACUAUUUAUAGAAAAUAAUUUUUAUAAAAAUCU